AAUGAACAGUCAGACAAGCCUCUAGCGAUUUCCGUUUCAGUCAAAAUACUUUAGUAGCAAUUUAGCUCUUCAGCAGACAACAUGUUUUUGGAAUUAUUAUUGGGCUUAAUCGGUCUACUGUUUCUGUGGGACUAUUUAAAUAAAAAACAUCGCUAUGAAUUAUUGGAUAAAGCGGGUAUACCAGGUCCCAAGCCAUUGCCUAUUUUAGGCAACGCUUUGCGUAAUAGACAUGUUAAUAGUGAUAAUCUCAUUGAAUUUGCCCACGAAAAUAAAAGAAAAUAUGGUAAAAUUUAUCGCUUUUGGAUGCUGCAUCAAGUGAGUGUUAUUAUCUUGGAUCCGAAAUAUUUGGAAAUCAUCUUGAGCAGUCAACAAAUGAUUAAGAAAAGUAGUUUAUAUGAUUUUGUAGAGGGUUGGCUGGGUCGUGGUUUACUUUUGAGUUGGGGCAAGAAAUGGCAUUCGAGACGUAAGAUCAUAACGCCCACCUUCCACUUUAAGAUACUCGAACAGUUUGUGGAAAUUUUCGAUCAGCAAAGUGCUGUUAUGGUGAAGAAAUUGUAUGAGAAGGCUGAUGGUAAAACUGCAAUUGAUGUAUUUCCAGUGGUGUGUUUGUGUGCUUUGGAUAUUAUAGCGGAAACGGCCAUGGGUGUUAAAGUAAAUGCUCAAGAACAGCCGGGUCUAGAAUAUCCUCAAGCCAUAACCACACUCUCGCGGAUAAUGGCUAAUCGCUUCGUUAAACCCCUGCAAAGAACUGAUUUUCUAUUUCGUUUAACAGCACCCAAGGAAUAUCAAGAAGCUGAGCGUUGCAUCAAAGUUCUGCAUAAAUUCACAACAGAUGUUAUCGAACAAAGACGUGAGGCUCUCGAACAAAAGCUAAAGGAAAGUUCUGUGACAACUGAAGCAGAAGAUUCAGAAUUGAAUGCUAAAAAACGCAUGGCUUUAUUAGAUGUUUUAUUGCAAUCUACCGUCAAUGGUGCUCCUUUGACUAAUGAGGAUAUACGUGAAGAAGUUGAUACCUUUAUGUUUGAGGGUCAUGAUACCACUACUAGUGGCAUAUCAUUUGCUUUGUACUUAAUAGCUCGACAUCCGGAGGUGCAAACAAAACUUGUGGAGGAGAUCAAAGAAGUUAUGGGCAGCGACAAGAAUAAACCGGUAACAUAUCGUGAGCUGCAGGAUUUGAAAUAUAUGGAAUGUGUUAUAAAGGAAAGUCAACGUUUAUAUCCCUCAGUACCAGUUAUAGGCAGGGAAAUAACUGAGGACACACAAGUGGGUGAUAUAACUAUACCCGCUAACACCAAUUUAAGUUUAUCCUUAUUUAUGGUUUUACGUGAUUCCGAUUACUUCAGCGAUCCCGAUGACUUUAAACCGGAACGUUUUGAUAGUGUUGAGGGUGAAAAAAUCAAUCCCUUCGCCUAUACUCCUUUUUCGGCUGGGCCACGUAACUGUAUUGGCCAAAAGUUUGCCAUGUUGGAAAUGAAGAGUACUUUAUCGAAAAUGUUGCGUCAUUUUGAAUUACUGCCAUUGGGUCCUGAUGUUAAACCGGUAAUUAAUCUCAUUUUACGUUCUACCACCGGUAUGCAUGUUGGACUUAAACCCAGGGUUCUGUACAUGUUUAUAGAAUUAAUAUUGGGCCUGCUGGUGCUAAUCUUUGUGUGGGACUACCUUAACAAAAAACAUCGUAAUGUAGUAUUGGAAAAAUCGCAUAUACCGGGACCUAAAACAUUGCCUAUUAUAGGCAAUACACUGGAUGUAAGACAUGUUAAUAGUGAUAAUGUCAUUGAAUCUGUGCGGGAUUUUAAAAGAAAAUAUGGUAAAAUUUAUCGUUUUUGGGUGCUGCAUCAAUUAAGUGUUGUCAUAUUGGAUCCCAAAUAUUUGGAAGUGGUUCUUAGCAGUCAACAAAUGAUUAAGAAAAGUAGUUUAUAUGAUUUUCUAGUGGGUUGGUUGGGUCGUGGUUUACUCUUGAGUUGGGGCAAGAAAUGGCAUUCAAGACGUAAGAUUAUAACGCCCACAUUCCACUUUAAAAUUCUCGAACAAUUUGUUGAGAUUUUCGAUCAACAAAGUAGUAUUAUGGUCAAGAAAUUAUAUGGGAAAGCUGAUGGUAAAACUGAUAUUGAUAUAUUUCCGGUGGUGUGUUUGAGUGCUUUAGAUAUUAUAGCAGAAACCGCCAUGGGUGUCAAAGUAAAUGCACAAGAACAGCCUGGUCUAGAAUAUGUUCAAGCUAUAGCCAAUCUAUCCCGCAUAAUGGCCGAUCGUUUUGUUAUGCCUUCACAAAGAACCGAUUUUCUGUUUCGUUUAACUGCACCCAAGCAAUACGAGGAAUCAAAACGUUGUAUUAAAGUCUUGCACAAAUUCACAACAGAUGUAAUCGAACAAAGACGUUUGGCUCUGGAGCAGUCAAUUAAAGAUGGCACUUUUAAAAGUAAUAAAAUCAUUUUAGUUUAGAAAUUUUAUUUAAAAAUUCCUGAAUUUACAGAUGAAUCGGAGGAUUCUGAUUUGAAUACCAAAAAACGCAUGGCCUUAUUAGAUGUGUUAUUACAAUCUACCGUCAAUGGUGCUCCUCUAAGCAAUGAAGAUAUACGUGAAGAAGUUGAUACCUUUAUGUUUGAGGGUCAUGAUAACACUACUAGUGGCAUAUCAUUUACUUUAUAUCUUAUAGCCCGCCAUCCUGAGGUCCAAGCUAAACUGGUGGAGGAAAUCAAAAUAGUUUUAGGCACCGACAAAAAUAAACCGGUAACAUAUCGAGAUCUAGAAGAUUUGAAAUAUAUGGAAUUGGUUAUUAAGGAAAGUCAAAGAUUAUAUCCUUCGGUGCCAGCUAUAGGAAGGGAAAUAACCGAGGAUAUUAAAGUGGGCGAUAUUACCAUACCGGCUAACACUAAUGUAAAUAUACCUUUGUUUAUGGUUUUACGGGAUCCCGAUUACUUUACGCAUCCCAAUGAGUUCAUACCCGAACGUUUUGAAAGUGAUAGCAAUCAGAAAAUACAUCCUUUUGCUUAUACACCCUUCUCGGCUGGACCACGCAAUUGUAUAGGUCAAAAGUUUGCCAUAUUUGAAAUUAAAAGUACUGUUUCGAAAAUGUUGCGUCAUUUUGAAUUGCUGCCGUUGGGUCCAGAUGUUAGGCCAGUGAUUAAUCUUAUAUUACGUUCAACAACUGGUAUGCAUAUUGGUCUAAAACCCAGAGAUUUAGAAAAGUGA